AUGCUGGGCGCCACGAACUUUGUGGAGCACUAUUCGGAGUUCCAUGCCACGCACGCCCAGCACGACCUGGUGAAAUCCGCCAUGUACGCCGGCUCCAUCCUCGGGAUGAUCGUCAUGGGUCCCUUAAGUGACCUCAUUGGCCGCCGCAACGGACUGAUUUUGUGUUCGCUGAUCACUUUGACUGGUGCCCUGCUGAGCACCUUCGCCUGGUGUGAAAACGCACUCAUCGCGGCACGAAUCAUCACGGGCAUCGGCAUGGGCGGAGAGUAUCCUUUGGCAUCUUCCCACAGCGCGGAGUCCUCCAGUACCGCUGAUGGUGCAAGGAAUGUGGCACUGCUCUACCUCUUUGGUUCUGGUGGUGGGCAGGCGUUGUGCCCUUUGGUGACGUACUUGAUGGAUAUCGCUGGAGUGCCAGAUCACUUGUUGUGGCGCUGCAUCUUUGCCAUAGGCAGUGCGUUGUCCGUCUUGGGCCUGCUUUUGCGCAUUGUGGCCACACAAGACAGCCCCAAGUUCAAACAGAGUCGAGCCAGCCACAGGCUCCGUAAAAAGACGUAUUGCCACGAAACGUGUGACGUAUUGACGUGGACCAUGAGGCCACUUUUGGGUACUGCCGGUGGUUGGUUUCUCUAUGACAUUGUGGAGUAUGGCUUGAAGCAGAACGACGCUGCCAUUUUCGAUGCGGGCCACGACGGAGCCUACAGCGACAGUGUGCUGAGCGUCUUUUUCACUCGGCUCCUGGUAAUACCCUCACUGAUCGUUGCACCUUGGCUGCUCACCAUGACCAGCAGCCGCCGAGUGCAGUGUGCAGGUUUCCUGGGCUGCGCCUUGUGCAACCUCGCCUUGGCCGUGGGAUACGGAACUUUGAAGGAGAUGACGGUUCUCUUCUUCGCCCUCUACAUCAUUCAACUUUCCUUCCAGAGCUUGCCGGGGGUGACUACCAUGGCCAUCAGCGCGGAGAUCUUCCCCAGCAUGGUGCGUGGCACCGGCGCGGGCAUCUCAGCGGCCUUCGGCAAGCUUGGUGCCACCAUCGGCUCCUACGCCUUCUCGGAGAUGAAGAACUUGGGCCUGAUCGCCACGAUUUUCUGGGUGGUGGUGAUCACCUCCAUCCUGGCUUUGCUGUUGACCCUAUACGCCAUUCCACUCUACAAUGGUCUCUCCCUGGAUGCCGCGGACGCCUUGGCGCGCGAGGGAAAGCUGCAAGACGCGGUCCAGGUGCUCUAUGCGCCGCCGGAGGAGGCGACCAAGGUAUACGUGCCACGGCGAACGGAGACGGAGAACGGGCGCCAACCAGACUGCAUGUUGGCGUCUGAGGCGAAGGAGAAAGCUCUGGAUGAGGAGAGUGGAUGA